CAAGGUGACUCAGCUUUACGGACAAGCGCUUAUUUGAGAUAUGGCUGUUUUGUCGUUGUUUGACCCCUUAAUACUGGAACAUAUCAACUGUUCUGAGUUGAUCAAGAAACAUGUAGUCCAUAUAAACUUUCAGAGUCCUAAAACGAUUCCGAAAAUACGGCCUCUAUUAUCAUCUGAUUAUGAUUAUCUUGCUUUAUUAAAACAGUUAACCGUAGUUGGGAAGAUAGAACAGAGAGAAUUUGAUGAAAGAUUUUCUUUGAUGGCCUCGUGCUUGGAUACAUAUUUUAUUGUCGUUUUAGAAGAUGCUACAACAAGUAGAAUCAUUGGAGCAGCAACUCUCUUCAUAGAGUUAAAGUUCAUUCACCAAUGUUCGAAGCGUGGUCAUAUUGAGGAUGUUAUAGUCGAUUCAAGAUAUCGCGGGAUGAAUUUUGGAAGACUCGUCACAUGAUUUUAAAUCCUGUAGAUAAGACCUCCGUUCUAUACAAUAUAAUGCUGAUUUUCUCUAACCCUUCUCAUAAUCAUACUUUUUAAAAAUUGAUUUCUGAUAGCACCGAUUAGAUCCCAUUAUAAGUUCAGUAAACCGUUAAUUUAAAUGUUUAAUAAAAAUCGACGGGAAUAAAUAUGUAGUGAAUGUGAUUGACCCCUGUAUUGUUUAUAAGUUUAAGGGUUACGGCCACCCAACUUGUUUUUUAUUUUUCUGCUCAGUCAAAAUUUACCAACCGUUUUAGACUGCUCACACAAUUUAGAAAGUAUCUUUUCGAGGGUUUCAGUUUUCAUACUAGUUUUUUCUGUCUGUAAUAAAUUGCAAGUACUGUCACAUAUCUUGUAUAUCAAUCUGAUCUUAAUAUAUUUACUGACAAUACGAAAUGAAUACUCGAAAUUUCAAAUUGCACUAAAAUAUUUCGCUGGAGUAGAAAGGUGAAACAAACCCACUAAAAGUACAGACAUUCUCAAAAUAUUUAUGUUUUAAAACAUGUUGAGGAAUUCAAAAAGGGAUAAAUUUUAUGAAGAUUCAGUCAGUUAGCCAUCAACAACUUAGAGCCUGGGGCAAAUUUGCACCGAUCAACGCAUCACCCCAAAUCUGUAAAAAGGUGGGAUUAACAGGAUGAACACCAGAUGAGUUGAAAUGUGUCAACAACAGUAUAUUUUAAUAAAGAAAAUACGGUCUGCAAAGCAUAAGUAGAAUAAGGGAAUUGGAGACGUGAAAUCACAUUCCACUCAAACUUAGAUAAAGGGAGUAGUAGGCCCAUCUAUGCGAAUGUGAUAUAUUUUAAGUUAUGUGGCUUAAUGUUUUCAAAGUUGGUUGCAAACGCCGCAUGGUUAUCAUCCAGACAGUCUCUGUCUAUCAGCAUGACUCAUACCAACAGCCGAUGAUCAAUCGGGCUGAUGUAUGUCUUGGUUUAGACUCCUUCAGAUUUUUUCCAACCUAAUCAUUUUCUGGCCAACACUGCAUUAAGAGCUAGGCGCUAGUUGAGCAAACAUAAUACAUUUUUAUACCAUCACAGUUGAUGAGACUCAUAAUCUCACUAACCGGUUUCAUCUGUACCUACUGCUUUUCGUCUAAGUUCAACAUUCCUCAAUCCUCUGUACCACCUUAUCUUAGCAAUGCUUCAAAGACAUCUGCAGUCAGAUGCUAGUGGCCUACCAAUUUUCUCUACUUUCGAACGCUGAACUUCAUAAACGUAAGGUAAAACAGGGUGGAUUACUGUUCGACAUACUCGUCCUUUGAUGGUAGAAAGACAUCUCUGAUGGCAAAUUUGUGGGAUAUUCGCAAGAAUCAAGUGAACUCUAAAUCCAUGCCCACCAACCCACGAGGGCUGAGACUUACAAGUGAUGCAGUCAAUGCCCUCAAUAAAUUCAUUCCUUAUAACGAAUUUAAACAUUAUUACAGAGAAAUACUAAAGCAUUUUUCAUUUAGGGGGAGGGAAAUGCUCCGCAGCGUCCUUCAGGACUUCGAUAAAGUUUGUGAAGGAGUGCAUUCAGAUGUGUGAAAACUAAAUAUAUGUGCAUCAGAUUCGUAAGAUUUUGUUGAGAGAAGCGAAACCCAGGGACUCGUGAAACUAAAAGUACAGUUGAGUAGGUAACUAGUUAGUAAUCUCUUCAGAUGUGUACAAUAUCCUGCAGUGGGCCAAAUGCAACACUGUGUUUAUCCUACUGAUAUUGUAUAUAAUAACACCUUGGACCUUUUUUAUGCUACAGAGCCUUAACGUAUUGGUAAAGUUAAAAAUUACUGCUGUUGAGGUAAAACGAUAUAAGAUAUUAGAACGUAAACAAUAGUUAUACAGCGAUAAAUGCUUAGUUACUUCCUCUAUCUUACGUCUAAAGUGCAUGAAGAGAGUUCCCAGUUGUUUCUUUCUGGCAUUCGUGUACAAAUCAACGGAUGAUUACAGUUGAAGCCAAAAUUUCAAAAACAGCAGUUUCAGACUAAAAAAAUGGAGUUGUUUGUAUGACAAGAUUUGUACGUUGUAGAAUGCCUACAAAACGGUGCCUUCCAACUGUUCACGUCUGGGAAAGUAAGACGAAACUUAUAAUUAGUACUUCAUUGUACGACUUACUUGAGAGUAGUCUACAAGGCCUAGUAAGUGACAGUUUAAUUUAUCAAUCAUAUUAAGAGGAUUGUUGUCGACAUGAAAAAGUUUCAAGGCUCUUUUUCUCCACGCUGUUUCCUGUAGUUGAACGUAAACGCAGUUCAUGGCGUCAGAGAAUAAGAAAACCUUGCGAUUAUUACAAAUCAGUUCGACUACGUCUUAAGAUAUCAUUCUUAGGCCAAUGCCACGAUGCGAACUAGUUAUGGUGUAAUAAUUUCUGUUUAAACAUAUAUUGACACAAAGAGGCACCAAAAUAAAAAUGUCCCACACAACAAAUAAGGUUGUGAAGAGAUAAAGGAGGGUGAGGAUAAUAAAAAAGUAGGGGGAACAAUAAAUGAAUAAAAAUAAGCAGGAUUUCCACUGGCUUUUAUUCUGAGACAUAACUGAUAAUAUCUCAAGCUACUGUAUUGCACUAUCUUUAGAACCCUAACCAGGGUGCUGUGAAGGUCAGACAGGCAUCAAUCCUGUAGUCUUUUUUCAUGCCCUGGAAACAUCUCAUGAACUGAUCACCUCUGCUUUCUCCAGCCAGCCCUAGGGUCGGUUAAUAGUGCAUGAUGUGGGAUGACUUGCUUAAUUAAUGGCUGGAUUUAACAGUACUGCUUCUUAAUAUGUUUAAAACAGGUAUAUCUAAACCCAACAUUUUCAUUGUUGUGGAUAAACUGGAACAAUCAUUUGGCUAAUAUUGCCUGAAAAUCUAGCGGAACUGAGCAACCGGUAUUAAAAAAAGAAGUGCACUCAACUUCACCCAACUUUAUAGUCUAAGGCAUUACCACUGGGUUGUUCAAGCUCCAACUGCCUGUAGAACUGAAAUACUUACAAUUGAUUGACCAGUGAGUCGUGUUCGUAUAAUGCUUUGAUGCAAGUCCAAUUCCAUAGAUCAGGUUGAAAUGUGGUCAUUGGUCUAAGAGACUCAAAAUUAUUCUUAUAUUUCGACACACAUAUACACUAUCUAAGCAUGUGAAGUGAUGUAUCUAUAACCAUUAAUGAAUUGUUGUUAUAUUAUUUGAGAAACAUAAAAACCCAGUGAUUAACUUGUUUAUAUAUUAUUUCCAGACUUGUUGAUACCCUGGUUCGUAU